AGGAGGCAGGAGAUGACUGCUGCCCCCCUCACUUCUCCACUAAGCUCUCAGGAGAGUGGGGGGAGAGGGACUGCAUGGGGGAACGUACGGCUGCACAGUGAUCGUUUUUCUCUGAUAAAACAUUUGGAAACUAACUUGAAGAAGCGCGGUCAGCCGUGCGCACGCACACCAUUUUUGGCUGUUUGUGUUAAAUCCCUUUCUUUACGGUCACAAGUGAUCUGAAGCCUGCUAUGGAGGACUUCUUGAAUCAAAAUGAGUCUGAGCACUGACAAUGUCACAGACUUGUGGAAAAAUGGUUCCUCGGAACUCGACGGGGCGUCUUCCCAGUUCAAUUUCACCAACAGCUCUGGGGGUAACCACACGGAGAUGGACCUCACCCGGGCCGUCCCGCUCGGCUUGGUGCUCGGGGCUUUUAUCGUGUUUGCCAUCGCAGGCAACAUCCUCGUAAUUCUCUCUGUAGUGUGCAACAGGCACCUGCGGACCCCGACCAAUUACUUCAUCAUCAAUCUGGCUAUCGCAGACUUGCUGCUGGGUACCACUGUGCUGCCGGUGUCUGCCACUUUGGAGAUCCUAAACUACUGGGUGUUCGGCAGGAUCUUCUGUGACAUCUGGGCGGCGGUAGAUGUGUUGUGCUGCACCGCGUCCAUCAUGAGCUUGUGCGUAAUAUCUAUUGACCGCUACAUCGGGGUGAGCCACCCGCUGCAGUACCCAGGUAUCGUGACGGAGAAGCGGGCUCUGCUGGCCAUGCUUGGGGUCUGGGUGCUGUCGGUGGUCAUCUCCAUCGGACCUCUGCUCGGGUGGAAGCAGCCACCGUCGCCGGACGACACGAUGUGUCCCAUCACCGAGGAGCCGUUUUACGCGCUAUUCUCCUCUCUCGGCUCCUUCUACAUCCCUCUUGUCGUUAUACUGGUCAUGUACUGCCGUGUGUACAUAGUCGCUAAAAGGACCACUAAGAACCUGGAGGCAGGUGUGAUGCGUGAGAGGAUGAACUCCAGCGAGCUGACCCUCAGGAUCCACAAGGGAUCUCAGGUGCACGAGGAUCCCGGCAGCUCUGGCACCGGCAAGGGCCGCGCGCACCAGGCUAGAAGUUCGCUCACGGUGAAACUGUUGAAAUUCUCCCGGGAGAAGAAAGCAGCUAAAACUCUGGGAGUUGUGGUCGGCAUGUUUACUCUUUGCUGGCUGCCCUUUUUUCUCGCCUUACCCAUAGGGUCCUUUAAUGUGAACCUGAGGCCACCUGAAUUCCUCUUCAAAGUAAUUUUCUGGCUUGGCUACUUCAACAGCUGUCUGAACCCCAUCAUCUACCCCUGCUACAACCGUGAGUUCAAGCUGGCCUUCAUUCGGAUCCUGAGAUGCCAGUGUCACCAGCGCAAACGUCCCAGCUGGAGAGAGUACAAUUACCGUUCCUCUAACUUCAGCUCCUCUGGAAAUUCACGCAAAAGCUCGACAGACCACAACUCCAGCUGUCUGAAUGGAAGCCAGCGUACUCUGCCGUCCUCAGCCAGUCCGAGCCCGAGUUACCUGAGUAAAGGUCUCCCACCUUGCCCUGAGGGGGAAGCUUUAUACAUCUGGGGAGCUACCACUCCGACUCCCUCCACACCCAACCUGCUGCCUGGCAGCCCCAUCGACUGCCAGCAGACAGCUCUGAGACAGGUUGGAAGAGGGGGGAAAGCAGCUGAGGAGACUACAGGAGGAGUUUUCUCUUUCUCCUUUGUGAAGAGUAAAGACAAGGGAGGGGUCAACAAAGAAAUUAUUGUGCCUGUUGACAAAAUGUGACUGACUAAGAUGGGACUUACUGAUUCAUUCCUUAUAGGGAUUACAGUAACAAAAAGAGUGUGGAUGUAGGAUUUCACAGGUUUCACUGUACAUGGUCCCAUGAUCAUUCAUCAGUCAGUGGAUUACCAUUGCCAUAAGCUGUCAAUGUAAGGUGAAGAGUACUGAUUAUGCUGCUGUAUCACAGGUAUUUUGUUUCUUGUUACUGUAACUGGGAUUAACAGUAAGGUUUCUUUCAGUAGACAGUAACAGUUUUGAGACAGUGUUUGCUGCCCUCUUUGGACUGGACACAAAUCUGCGCAUGCAUUUUGAUUGAACUGAAACACCGUCUGAAGGAGGUAAGACUGAAAGGAUCUCCACCCAGCAUAGCCUUUCAUUUACCCCCCUUUCAGUUAAAACUCCACAUCUGCUCUGUAAAAAAGACAACGUGUCAAAGAACCUGAGUCGUGUUAAAAAAAAAAAAA